AUGUCGUCCGGGAAUAAUAACAACAACAACAAUAACAACAGAGACCGAGACGGCAGCGCUGAAAAGAGCAGCACCCCUCUCGAAGAAUGGAUGGAUGCGCUGGGCAAGAUGACGCUGAAGCGAAAUGAAAUCAACCUCCUCAUCAUGGACUACCUGAUCUCGGAGGGUUUCAAGGAGGCCGCCGAGCGCUUCAAGUCAGAGGCGAACAUCGACUCGAAUAAGGUGACAGACAUCAAGACCUACAACGAGACUGAUGACCAGAUUGAUCAGCGAAUUGCGGUGCGCAGUGAAAUCGAGAACGGGAACAUUGAACAGGCCAUUCGUCUUAUUAAUGACUUCUACCCGGAGUUGAUUGAUAACAACCGACAUAUUCACUUCAAGCUCCAGCAACAGCAACUGAUAGAGCUCAUCCGGAACCACAACAUCAUGGAGGCUCUGAACUUUGCCCAGAAGCAGCUCGGCGUGGACGGCAGCUGCAUUCAGCUGGAGGAGCUGGAACGCACACUGUCUCUGCUCGCCUUUGAGCACCCCGAAAAGUCGCCCUACUCUGAUUUGCUGCACACCGCCCACCGGCAGCACCUGGCCUCGCGCAUCAACGAGGCCAUUCUCAAGGACCAGUUUGGCGACGACGAGACGCCCACUCCCAAGCUGGUGACGCUUCUGAAGCUUCUCCUCUGGACGCAGAGUGAACUGGAAACGAAGAAGGUGAAGCACACCAAACUGGUCGACUUGCCCCAAGGAACUUUCGCUUCAAGUGGUAGUGACUAG